AGUGGCGAGCUCGAGCUGUGACGGUAAAAUAGAUCAAUGAGAUAAGAGGAGAGGAAUUCCCGUUUCAGCGAGUGCUUGUGGGUAACGAUGUUCUGGGUAGUUCGGAGGACUGAAUGUAUGUGACUGGUGAAGACACCGAAUAUAAGUUAUCGGGUAACCUGUUUAGGUUAAGAAACUUUCCAUUUACAGCGACAAAAUACACGAGUCAUGCUAGCGGAGUUCAGGAGCUUGAAACGCCACGAUUUGGAACAGCGCCUAACCUAGGAUCUGAAAUGCAUCUGUAUGAGUCAAUUUUACUUGGGGAGAUUCUGUCGGCAUUUGAGUUGGAACACACUCUGUAAUGUCGCAGCAAAAACCCUGGCAAUAAAUUAUUAACCCGUUUAUACGGUCAAAACAACGCGUGUUAAGCGGAGUUGUCAGUUUUAUCGUUCAACCAAACAACCAGCCGAAAAAUAGCGAGCGCUGCCCGACGGUGUUAAAGGGACACGGCAGGUAUUGACAAAGUUGUUGUCGUAACAUUUAAGGUUACCAUCAAAUGCCAUUGUCGGACCUGGAUUGACAAAAUUGCGAUCAUGUCGUCCGGAGCGGAGAAGAGGCUGGACAGCCGGCUGAAAAAGUUGGAAUCACUGAUCAGAGACCCGAAAUCAGCGUUAAACUUGGAGAGUUUACUGGAUUCCAUGAAUGCCUUGGUCCUGGAUCUGGACUACCCGGCACUACGGAAAAACAAAAACAUAGAUGCCUUCUUAAACAGAUAUGAGAAGGCCAUGGUUAAGAUGCGGGAUCUGCAGUUGAAGCUGGAGGACUUUGACAGGGUCAAGAUGAUCGGCAGAGGAGCCUAUGGAGAGGUGCAGCUGGUUCGUCACAAGGCGUCUCAGAAGGUGUACGCUAUGAAACAGCUCAGCAAGUUUGAGAUGCUCAAACGCUCGGACUCCGCCUUCUUCUGGGAGGAGAGAGACAUCAUGGCCUUCUCCAACAGCCCCUGGGUUGUCCAGCUGUGCUGUGCUUUCCAAGACGACCGCCACCUCUACAUGGUGAUGGAGUAUAUGCCCGGUGGCGACCUGGUCACCCUGACCAUGAACUACGACAUGCCAGAGAAGUGGGCCCGUUUCUACACUGCCGAGGUGGUGCUGGCUCUAGAUGCCAUCCACUCUAUGGGUUUCAUCCACCGCGAUGUGAAACCGGACAACAUACUACUGGACCAAAAUGGCCACCUCAAGCUGGCUGACUUUGGCACCUGCAUGAAGAUGGACUCUACGGGCAUGGUCCACUGUGACACAGCGGUGGGGACACCGGACUACAUCGCCCCUGAGGUGCUCAAGUCCCAGGGGGGGGACGGCUACUACGGACGCGAGUGUGACUGGUGGUCCGUGGGGGUCUUCAUCUUUGAGAUGCUGGUCGGCGACACCCCAUUUUAUGCCGAGUCACUAGUGGGAACUUACGGGAAGAUCAUGGAUCACAAGAAUAACCUCCACUUCCCUGAUGAUGUGCAGAUGUCCAACGAUGCCAAGGACCUCAUCUGUGCCUUCCUGUCUGACAGGGAGGUGCGUCUGGGGAGGAACGGCGUGGAGGAGAUCAAGAGACACCCCUUCUUCACCAACGACCAGUGGACCUUCGACACCAUCCGAGAGACCGUAGCCCCAGUAGUGCCGGAGUUGAGCAGUGACAUAGACACCAGUAACUUUGAGGAGAUUGAGGAUGAAAAAGGUGACGUGGAGACCUUCCCCACACCAAGGGCCUUUGUGGGCAACCAGCUGCCAUUCGUGGGUUUUACCUACUUCAAAGACGACCAACUGAUGAGCGGUGUGAAUAAAGUGAUCUCUGUGAAGGAAUCUGAAGACUGUUUGGAUAGGUGUGAGGAAAAACAGGACAGCAUCAAAGGAGAGUCAGAUCAGCUGCAGGAGAAGCUCCAUCAUCUGCAGGAGAAGCUCCAUCAUCUGGAGGAGCAGCUCAAUCAUGAGAUGGAGGCCAAAGACCACCUGGAACACAAGUGCAAGACUACCACUAGUCGUCUAGAGAAGCUGGUCAAAGAACUGGACGAAGAGAUGAGCAGCAGGCAGAGAGUGGAGUCUUCUCUGAGGCAGCUGGAGAGAGAGAGAGCCCUGCUGCAGUACCAGAGUGCAGAGAACCUCCGCAAGGUGGAGCUGGAGGCGGACAGGAAACGCAGCCUGGAGAACGACCUGAACAGCCUGCGGGACCAGCUGGAAGAGCUGAAGAGGAGGAACCAGACCUCUCAGAUGUCCAAUGAGAAGAACAUCCAUCUGCAGAGACAGCUGGAUGAGGCGACAGCGGUGCUGGCAGAGGAGCAGGAGGCGGCGGGGCGGCUACGCAGGAGCCAGGUGGAGGCCCAGAAGCAUUCCCAGGCCCUGGAGCUCAGCCUCAGGGAGCUGGUGGACAAGUGCACCCAGCUGGAGAACGCCAAGAUGGGCCUGGAGCAGCAGCUGAUGGGCCUGCAGGCCGACCUGGAGGCCGAGAGGAGGGACAGCAGUAUGGGGACAGAGACUAUAGUGGACCUGCAGGGACAUAUCCAGGGUCUGGAGGAGGAGGUAAAGCAGGUGAAGUGUUCUCUCUCUGAAAUUCAGACCGAGAAGAGGCAGCUGCAGCAGAGACUCACUGACAAGGAGAAGGAGAAGAGCAACCAGGAGAUUGACCUGACGUUCAAGCUCAAGUCGUUGCAGCAGAGUUUUGACAUAGAGGAGGCCGAGCACAAGGCCACCAAGACACGCCUUGCUGACAAGAACCAGAUCUAUAAGUCCAUUGAGGAGGCCAAGUCUGAGGCCCUGAAAGGGAUGGAGCGGACGCUGCAGGAGGAGCGGAGCUCCAAGCUGCAGUUGGAGUCCAGACUGCUGCAUCUGGAGAAGGAGCACUCCAUGCUGGACUGUGACUACAAGCAGGCCCAGAACAAACUGGAUGAGCUGAACACGCACAAGGACAAACUCGCUGAGGAGGUGAAGAACCUGAGCCUGGGCAUGGAGCAGGAGGAGCUGAAGCGCAGGCUGAGCCAGAAUGACAUGAAGGCCCAGACCCAGCAGGUGACGGCCCUGCGCUCCUCAGAGAAGCAGCUGAAGCAGGAGCUCAACCACCUGCUAGACAUGAAGCACAGCCUGGAGAAACAGAACCAGGAGCUACGCAGGGAGAGACAGGAGGCUGACGGACAGCUGAAGGAGUUGAAGGACCAGCUGGAAGCGGAGCAGUAUUUCACGACCCUGUACAAGACCCAGAUCCGGGAGCUGAAGGAUGAGUGUGAUGAGAGGAACAAGCUGUAUAAGGACAUUCAGCAGAGACUGGAGGAGUACCAGGAGGAGAGGGAUUCCCUGGCGGCCCAGCUGGAGGUGAGCCUGACCAAGGCAGACUCGGAACAGCUGGCGCGCUCCAUCGCCGAAGAGCAGUACUCCUACCUGGAGAAGGAGAAGAUCAUGAAGGAACUGGAGGUGAAGGACAUGACGGCCCGACACAGGCAGGAGCUAGGAGACAAGGAGGCAACAAUCGGCUCGCUGGAGGAGUCCAACCGCACCCUGACAGUGGACGUGGCCAACCUGGCAAAUGAGAAGGAGGAGCUCAAUAACCAACUGAAGGAGAUGCAGCAACAGCUGCAGAAGGCCAGGGAGGACUUGAACUGUGUGAAGAUGUCCUUCGAGAAGCAGCUGCAGACGGAGAGAACGCUCAAGAUUCAGGCGGUCAACAAGCUGGCCGAGAUCAUGAAUCGGAGGGAGACGUUGCGUACGGGUCACCGCGGCGACGACACGCUGGACGUGCGCAGGAAGGAGAAGGAGAACAGGAAGCUGCAGCUGGAGCUGAGGUCAGAGAAGGAGAAACUCAACUCCACCAUCAUCAAGUACCAGAGAGAGAUCAACGACAUGCAGGCGGUGAUAUCGGACGAGAGCCAGGUGCGCAUCGAGCUGCAGAUGGCCUUGGAUAGUAAGGAUAGUGACAUCGAGCAGCUGCGCUGUCAGCUGACCUCUCUGAGUGUCCUCUCCAUGGACUCCACCAGCAUCAGCAGCGGCAACGACCUGGACAUGGACGACAGCGGUUACCCAGAUACCAGGCUGGAGGGCUGGCUGUCACUUCCUGCCAAGAAUACCAAGAGGUUUGGUUGGGAUAGAAAGUAUGUGGUAGUGAGCAGUAAGAAGAUUCUGUUUUACAACAGUGAGAUGGACCGAGAGCAGUUCAACCCAUUCAUGAUCCUAGACAUCGAUAAGCUGUUCCACAUCCGACCGGUCACUCCGACAGACGUGUACCGCGCAGAUGUCAAAGAAAUCCCCCGGAUAUUCCAGAUUCUGUACGCCAACGAGGGCGAGAGCAAGCGGGAUCAGGAGUUUGCAGUGGAUCCGCUGGCUGACGAGCGCUCGUCCUACGUCAGGCACAAGGGUCACGAGUUCAUCCCCACGCUCUACCACCUGCCGUCGAGCUGCGAGGCGUGCACGCGGCCCCUUUGGAACGUGUUCAAGCCGCCGCCCGCACUGGAAUGCCGCCGCUGCCACACCAAGUGCCACAAGGACCACCUAGACCGGAAGGAGGAGGUCAUCGCCCCCUGCAGGGUAAACUACGACAUGUCCACGGCCAAAGACCUGCUCCUAUUGGCCGGCUCUCAGACAGAGCAGAAGAGAUGGGUCAGCCAGCUAAUCAAACGCAUCCCCCGGAAACACCCCGCCCCUGGCCCCGCCCCUACUGCAGCCUCCGCUGCCCAAGCCCCCGAGCCACCCUCUCGCUCCUCCCCCCGACUCUCCCCACAUGCCUCCCCCCGCAACAUCCCCCAACUCUCCCCCCGCCUUUCCUACCGUGGAGCUAUCAAGAUCCAGCCCAGCCGCCAGCAGACUCAGCCUGCAGGGAAGCCCAGGUGA